GGGGGAAGGCGGGGGAGGCGCCGAGGGUGGAGGCCAAGCGCGGCGCAGCCAGAGAGGGGCGGCUGAAGGUUGCAUCUGCUGGAAGGAGGCUUUUCGGCUGCUUGGUAACGGGCUGCCAGAAGAGAGAGAGGCAGAGAGCAGGGCAGCGGCUUCUUGACGUCAGGGCCAAGCGAGGGGAUCGCGCCAGCAACCCCAGCUCUCCCCAGAGAGGGGCCGGCCGACCGCUGGAGCGGAGCCUGACGCCAGGCGCCCGCGGAGCGUGAGUAGGGGGCGCGGGAGCCGGUCAGCUGGGGCGCAGCAUGCCCUCUGCUCCCGCGCCAUGGAGAUCGCCCUGGUGCCCCUGGAGAACGGCGGUGCCAUGACCGUCAGAGGAGGCGAUGAGGCCCGGGCAGGCUGCGGCCAGGCCACAGGGGGAGAGCUCCAGUGUCCCCCGACGGCUGGGCUCAGCGAUGGGCCCAAGGAGCCGGCGCCAAAGGGGCGCGGCGCGCAGAGAGACGCGGACUCGGGAGUGCGGCCCUUGCCUCCGCUGCCAAAGGAGCUGCCACGGCCUCGACGGCCGCCUCCCGAGGACGAGGAGGAAGAAGGCGAUCCCGGCCUGGGCACGGAGGAGGACCAGGCUCUGGGCACGGCGUCCCUGCACCACCAGCGCGUCCACAUCAACAUCUCAGGGCUGCGCUUUGAGACGCAGCUGGGCACCCUGGCGCAGUUCCCCAACACACUCCUGGGGGACCCCGCCAAGCGCCUGCGCUACUUCGACCCCCUGAGGAACGAGUACUUCUUCGACCGCAACCGGCCCAGCUUCGACGGUAUCCUCUACUACUAUCAGUCCGGGGGCCGCCUGCGGAGGCCGGUCAACGUCUCCCUGGACGUGUUCGCGGACGAGAUACGCUUCUACCAGCUGGGGGACGAGGCCAUGGAGCGCUUCCGCGAGGAUGAGGGCUUCAUUAAAGAAGAGGAGAAGCCCCUGCCCCGCAACGAGUUCCAGCGCCAGGUGUGGCUUAUCUUCGAGUAUCCGGAGAGCUCUGGGUCCGCGCGGGCCAUCGCCAUCGUCUCGGUCUUGGUUAUCCUCAUCUCCAUCAUCACCUUCUGCUUGGAGACCCUGCCUGAGUUCAGGGAUGAACGUGAGCUGCUCCGCCACCCUCCGGCGCCUCACCAGCCUCCCGCGCCCGCCCCUGGGGCCAACGGCAGCGGGGUCAUGGCGCCGCCCUCUGGCCCUACGGUGGCACCGCUCCUGCCCAGGACCCUGGCCGACCCCUUCUUCAUCGUGGAGACCACGUGCGUCAUCUGGUUCACCUUCGAGCUGCUCGUGCGCUUCUUCGCCUGCCCCAGCAAGGCAGGGUUCUCCCGGAACAUCAUGAACAUCAUCGAUGUGGUGGCCAUCUUCCCCUACUUCAUCACCCUGGGCACUGAACUGGCAGAGCAGCAGCCAGGGGGCGGAGGAGGCGGCCAGAAUGGGCAGCAGGCCAUGUCCCUGGCCAUCCUCCGAGUCAUCCGCCUGGUCCGGGUGUUCCGCAUCUUCAAGCUCUCCCGCCACUCCAAGGGGCUGCAGAUCCUGGGCAAGACCUUGCAGGCCUCCAUGAGGGAGCUGGGGCUGCUCAUCUUCUUCCUCUUCAUCGGGGUCAUCCUCUUCUCCAGUGCCGUCUACUUCGCAGAGGCUGACAACCAGGGCACCCAUUUCUCUAGCAUCCCUGACGCCUUCUGGUGGGCAGUGGUCACCAUGACCACUGUGGGCUACGGGGACAUGAGGCCCAUCACUGUUGGGGGCAAGAUCGUGGGCUCGCUGUGUGCCAUCGCCGGGGUCCUCACCAUUGCCCUGCCUGUGCCCGUCAUCGUCUCCAACUUCAACUACUUCUACCACCGGGAAACGGAUCACGAGGAGCCGGCAGUCCUUAAGGAAGAGCAGGGCACUCAGAGCCAGGGGCCGGGGCUGGACAGAGGAGUCCAGCGGAAGGUCAGCGGGAGCAGGGGAUCCUUCUGCAAGGCUGGGGGGACCCUGGAGAAUGCAGACAGUGCCCGAAGGGGCAGCUGCCCCCUAGAGAAGUGUAACGUCAAGGCCAAGAGCAACGUGGACUUGCGGAGGUCCCUUUAUGCCCUCUGCCUGGACACCAGCCGGGAAACAGAUUUGUGAAAGGAGAUUCAGGCAGACUGGUGGCAGUGGAGUAGGGAAUGGGAGGCUUGCUGAACAUGGAUAUCUACAUUAUACCGCAGAGUAUUUGAAGUCACACUGUAACCUCAGUCUACCCCUCUCCUUUCACUCCUUUCCUCCCUCCCUCGAUCCCCCCAUUUUCUCUAUUCUUUCCAUGACACCCAAGGGUCGCCUAUUUUUAAAAAGUACCACAUUCCAUGACGCAGGAGCUGUGGAAAUGGUGAGCGCUGUGAGAUGGAUGUAUUUGUAGCCAGUCUCCUAUACCCAGCAGAGGGAUAACCCAAACAAAAAUGACUCUAAAUAGCCCAGAUCCCAAGAGAUUAUGUAACUCCUCCAUCCAUGUGUUCCAAAUUUGCUUUACAUAUGAUUGUAUUUGUGUAUAGGGGAAAAUAUUAUUUUUAUGCCUGGUAAGUGGCUUUUUGUACUGUAGUUCAGAUAGAGAUAUUUUGGGUAUAUUUUCAAGAUACAUGUUGUAUUUAUGGAAGAAAGAGUUGUCCUGAUGUUUUUCUGUGUUACUUAUAUUAGAGUCAGAGAUCUUGGUAUGGGCUGUUCUGUUUCCUGUGUCUCCAAGCCUCUGUCUUUUCUGGGAUGUGGUAUUGGUGCUUUGUGUCUAGGGCAGAGAAUGUUCUUGAAGAAAGGCAAAUCUGACUUUUUCUGUGCGCCUUAAACAAUUCUUGUAACUUUCUUCAAAAAAGCAUUUUAAUGAUAUUGGAGGAAUACUUCUGAUAAUUUAUUGUCUUUAUUUUUAUCCCAGGAAAUAAAAGGUUACCUUGUUGA